AUGGCCACCGAAGGCGAAUCCCCCGCGCGACCCCGCGUCUUCUUCGACCUCACAGUCGGCGGCAAGCCCGUUGGCCGCAUCACCAUGGAGCUCUAUGCCGACCUUGUCCCCAAGACUGCUGAGAACUUCCGAGCUCUCUGCACUGGUGAGAAGGGCAUCGGCAAGUCUGGAAAGCCUCUGCACUACAAGGGCUCCGUCUUCCAUCGUGUCAUCAAGCAGUUCAUGAUCCAGGGUGGUGACUUUACUGCUGGUGAUGGCACUGGAGGCGAGUCUAUCUACGGAAACAAGUUCGACGAUGAGGCUUUCCCUAUCAAGCAUGAGAAGCCUUUCCUUCUGUCCAUGGCCAAUGCUGGUCCCAACACCAACGGCUCCCAAUUCUUCAUUACUACCGUCCCUACCCCUCAUCUUGACGGCAAGCAUGUUGUCUUCGGAGAGGUCCUCAACGGCAAGUCUGUUGUUCGACAGAUCGAGAACCUCACCACCCAGUCUGGCGACCGACCUGCCAAGGAGGCUGUCAUUGCCGACUGUGGUGAGCUCACUGGCGAUGCUGCCCUUGCUGCCGACGUGAAGCAGCCCGACGCCCUUGGCGACCCCUACGAGGACUUCCCCGAUGACUGCACCGAUACCCUUGACGCUGUCACUGUUCUCAAGAUCGCAAAGGCUAGCAAGGAUUACGGAAACACUGCUUUCAAGUCAGGUAACUACUCACUUGGACUUGACAAGUACCAGAAGGGCCUGCGCUACAUCAACGAGGAGCCUGAGCUCGAAGACCAGCCCCAGUCCAUCAAGGACGAGCUUGAGGCUCUCCGAUUCUCCCUCAACAACAACUCAGCUCUUCUCAGCAUCAAGCUUGAGGCCUGGGACGACGCUGCCCGUUAUGCCUCUUCUGCCCUUGAUGUCCGUGGAAUCAAGGAGGCCGACCGCGCCAAGGCCUACUACCGCCGAGGCUUUGCCAACAUCCAUCUCAAGGACGAGGAGGCUGCUCUUAAGGACUUGACUGAGGCCAACAAGCUCGCUCCCAACGACAGCGCCAUCACCCGCGAGCUCAACGCCGUCCGAACCAAGGCUGCCGCUCGCGCUGCCAAGGAGAAGGCUGCUUACAAGAAGUUCUUUACUUGA